GACACUUGUAAGAAGGAAAGAAGUCAGCUUGCCAGAGACACUGUGAAAUGAGGGAUUAGAGUCCGGGACCCAAGAAACAAGAGCAGCAGACAAAAGACGAGCGAACGGGCUCCGAAGAGACUUAUAUUGAGAGGUCUGCCAUGGCCUCCCUUGGCGUCCAACUGGUGGGUUACAUCCUAGGCCUUUUGGGUCUCUUAGGCACAUCGAUUGCCAUGCUGCUUCCCAACUGGCGAACAAGUUCUUAUGUUGGUGCCAGCAUUGUGACAGCCGUUGGCUUUUCCAAGGGCCUCUGGAUGGAGUGUGCUACGCACAGUACGGGCAUCACCCAGUGUGAUAUCUACAGUACUCUUCUAGGACUUCCUGCAGACAUCCAGGCUGCCCAGGCCAUGAUGGUGACAUCCAGUGCUAUGUCCUCACUGGCUUGCAUUAUCUCUGUGGUGGGCAUGAGAUGCACAGUGUUCUGCCAGGAAUCUCGAGCUAAGGACAGAGUGGCUGUUGUGGGUGGAGUUUUCUUCAUCCUUGGCGGCAUCCUGGGUUUUAUCCCAGUUGCCUGGAAUCUUCACAGCAUCCUUCGGGACUUCUACUCACCACUGGUUCCUGAUAGCAUGAAAUUCGAGAUUGGAGAGGCUCUUUACUUGGGCAUUAUUUCAGCCCUGUUCUCCCUGGUGGCUGGAGUCAUCCUCUGCUUUUCCUGCUCUUCUCAGGGGAAUCGUACCAACUACUAUGAUGGCUACCAGGCCCAGCCUCUUGCUACUAGGAGCUCUCCAAGGCCUAGCCAACAGCCCAAAGCCAAGAGUGAGUUCAACUCCUACAGCUUGACUGGGUAUGUGUGAAGAACCAGGGGCCAGAGCUAGGGGUGGGCUGGGGUGGGGUCUGGGACUGCAAAAACAAAUAGUGGACAAUGUCCCGAGGGUCGCAGGCAAGGGAUAUUGCCACUGAAUCGUGUGUAAGGUGCUGCUGAGGAUAGAUCAACUUUGGCUAUUGGAUGGAGUGAAGGCAGAGACGGGGACUGGUGUGACAGUGUGGAGAUGGAAUUGCCAAGGACACUCACCAAGCCUG